UCCGCGCCACCUGAAGGGAAAGCGGGCCAAGCGGAGGAGGAGGAGGACUCGCCGUGGGCUUGUUUAUACAGGCGAAUCCGGGAGUUGGAAUUCCCCACCGCCAAGGUGCCCGGGAUCCGGUGCGGCUGGUGCAAAGCGAACAUGGGGUGUAUACGCGUGUAAAAGAAGGAGGAGGGAGAAAGGACAGCGAAAUUUUCCCGCCCGGCCACCCCCAUCAACCACCUUGUCAUUGUCCUGGAGCAACGAGGUCUUGUCGGGUCCCCCAUCCUGCCCCGGGGCGAUUUGGCCGGAGAUGGCAUUUGGGCUUGAGGUGCAUUGACUGAGAAGAGAAAUGAAGCCCAAACAGUCCAGAUGGUUGCCUGAACGCCAGGUAUUCCACGGAUUUCCGGCUGCACCAGCAGAUAUUCUACUACUGCCAUUGCGCACAGUGUGGACCCCUACCCAGCCUAGCCUAUAGCAGUCAAGAAUGAGUAUGAUGCCUCUGGGGGCACUCCUUCUUUCUGCUUUGUGUUUGCUGGGGACAGUAAUUCCAUAUGGAAGAGGACAUGCCUCUUUUUCAUGCAACACCACCAAAUUUCUCCAUCUGGUUAUGGAUCCCAACACUGGGACUCUUUACGUGGGAGCUACAAACUUCCUAUUCCAGCUGACGUCAGACCUGGUGAUGGAGGAGGAAGUUUCCACGGGGCCUUUUUAUGACAGCAAGGAUUGCCUCCCUCCCGUCACCACAGAGAACUGUCCCCCAGCCCAGAAGACCGACAAUUACAACAAGCUCCUGUUAGUCAACUCACUGGAGAAUGAGCUGAUAGUAUGUGGCAGCGUCUGGCAGGGGAUCUGUGAGAAGAGGCGACUUGGCGUCCUUAACCACAUCCUCUUUCAACCUCAGACGCCAGGGGACACUCAGUACGUAGCAGCAAAUGACCCCAAUAUUUCCACCGUUGGGCUAGUUGGGUACUCCAAAGACAAUGUGCCACUUCUGUUUGUGGGCCGAGGGUACACCAGUCGGGGAGUGGGAGGUAGUAUCCCUCCCAUUACGACUCGGAACCUCAGGGCCCACCCAGGAGAGCCGCCAGGCCCAGAUUCUCACUCCAUCUUCUCUUAUGAGGAAACAGCCAAGUUGGCUGUGGGCCGGCUCUCAGAGUACAACCACCAUUUUAUCCAGUCGUUCACUCAUGGCUCCAGUGUUUACUUCCUGUUCUACCGGCGUGAUCUCAAGUCGCACUCCCGUGAAUACAAGACCUACAUUUCCAAGAUCUGUCUGGACGACUCACACUAUUAUUCUUACGUGGAGCUACCUUUGGUCUGCAGGAGUAAGGACAAGACUUACAGCCUCGUACAGGCUGCCUACGUUGCACAACCAGGGGGAGAAGGCGACGUUGCUACAGCCCGAGGAGACAUGCUUUUUGCCACCUUUUCCACCUUGCAAGCUUCUUCAGGGAAGCCCAGCGAAGAAUCUGCACUCUGUAUUUAUACAAUGGAUGAGGUGGACCGCCUCACCACGCAGACGAGAGACCUCUGUUACACCAAGGAUGGGAAAACAGAGGAAGGCAUAGAGGUGGCUUACAUAGAAUAUGACGUCAAUUCAAUCUGCGUCCAACUAUCCGCGGACACAUUGGAUGCAUACCCGUGUGGCUCCGACCACACCCCCAGUCCCAUGGCCAGCCGACUGCCGCUGGAAGUGACCCCCGUCCUGGAAAUGCCGGAUGCCCAUCUCACGGCUGUAGCGGUCAGCAUCGAAGAUGGACACACCGUUAUUUUCCUGGGGACCAGCAAAGGUCAGCUGCACAAGGCCUACCUGGGAGCGAUGGGAGAGGCUCAUUUGUAUGCUUCUCAGGUGAUUGAGCCGAACAGUGCCAUGAGUGGAGACCUCCUGUUUGACCAGCAGAAGAAGCACCUGUAUGUCAUGACCCAGUCUACGGUCUCCAAGAUUCCCAUUUUUGAAUGCUCCAAGUACUCUGACUGUGAAUCGUGCUUGGCCCUGAGGGACCCCUAUUGUGGAUGGUGUGUUCUCCAAGGAAAGUGCAGCCGUCACUCCGAAUGCUCCAGGUUUGACGUGAGCGAGCAGUGGCUGUGGGGGUUUAAUGUGACCCAGCAGUGUCCGUCUGUCCAGUCGCUGAGCCCUGCCAGCAUCAGCCGAGAAGAGCAGAAAAAUAUAUUCCUGACCCUUUCGGAUUUGCCACCCCUGCCAGACAGAGAGUAUUAUUCGUGCUUCUUUGAGGACUAUGAGAGCCCAGCGGUGCGGAUGGGGUCGGGCAUCAUGUGUCCCUCGCCAAAUCCAAGCCAUGCGCUGGUCCUGAAAGCAGGAACAGACCACAUAACCAUUCAGCUGGUGGUGCGCUUCCAUGACAUUUUCAUUGCUUCGACACCCUUUUCCUUCUAUGACUGCAAAGCAGUGGCUUUUCUGAGGAGAUCAGCACCGUGCCAGGGAUGUGUGAGCAGCCACUGGGGCUGUAACUGGUGUGUCCAGCAGCACCUUUGCACCCAUAAAGCUGCCUGUGAAGAAGGAACCAUGAUCUACAAUGAGAGGACUCAGAUACCAAAUUUUAGUCCGUUUCCUUCCUCAGCCACUCCAAAUGCAGCAACCUCCCCCUCGUCGUCGUCAUCAUCAACUGGGGCCACGGAAGCCACUGUAAUCUCAGUGACACCUCUGCCUCCUUCUACCCCCAGUCCCACCACCGUACCUGUUAUUCCUGCUACCUCACCACCAGUGACUUUAGCAGUCACAACAGCACAGCCAGAAACCUUGGGUCCCACGCAUGUGGCGUCCUCGAACACAGCUGCGGUCACUUCGCCAGAGGCGGCAACCGCAGACUCUUUGACGCUGGCCCCAACAGAAGUGCCUACUACCGCUAGCCCUACCUCUGAGCCUACCUCUGGCCACCCACCGGAGACCCCUGGCCACACGACACGUCCUACCUCAGAACUGACCACGGGCCUCGACGACUGGUCGACCGUUUCUCCUUCCACAGCCACCCAGAGUACGGAGUGGCCUUUUGUGGAGUCAUUGACGCCUUCUCCAGAUAUUGAAAAUUCAACCACGACCUCUCCUCUCCCAGAGGCCACCCCGUCCCCCAUGCCAACUCUUCUCACCCCCAACCAAACAGGAAAUGCUUCCACCUCUUCCCUUGAUCUGCUGUCGGAAGACCUGGAGACGGAGUUACCGACGUCUGAGACGCCCCUGCCUACCGGCCCUUCCGACUGGCCUCUUCCUGAGGACAGUACAGAAUCCAAGGACAGCGAGGAAUGGCUGGGUCCUCUGCUGCCGGAGAACGACACGUCCUCUCUCUCGGCCUCCAUCCUCCUCUCAGGAGACGGAGACUCCUCAGAGAGUGACAUAUCGGAUUUCCCCAGGAUUCUGAACCCAGGACUGGACUAUCAAUAUGACGCCCCUGGGUUUCUAGACUUGAAUGAAGAGUUCACCUGGGGAGCAGAUGCCUGUCCCUGUGUGAGGGGAAUUCAGGGGUCAUCUCUGUUGCCAGUCAAUGUACAAAGAAAGAUAACACUGAUCGGAAGGAACUUCCAUCUCUAUGAGGAUCAGCUCUGGGAUUAUGAAUGUGCCUUAGUUCUGGAGGGGAAGACCUUGGUUGUGGAAGCGUAUAUUGAGCAGGAUGAAACCAAUCCCACCCUUUCCUAUAUCACCUGCCAGCUGCACCAGUACAGUUACUCGGCACCCCAACCCGAAUUCAGUGCAGAGAUUUUUGUGCAAAGGAAGCAGCGUCUCCGUGUGGACAGCAUUGAAAACCUCAAUGUGACCAUCUAUAAUUGCUCCGUGGGACACUUGGAUUGCAGCCGCUGCCAAACGGCGGAUGCCAAAUAUAACUGCGUCUGGUGCAGUGGGGAGCAGCCCAGCUGCCUCUUCCGAGACUCCUGCAAAGAAGAGGUGGCAGACUUGUGCCCGGCUCCUCGGAUUCAUUCUGUUUAUCCUUUAACUGGACUGGUUGAAGGUGGCACCAGAAUCACCAUCACUGGUUCAAACCUUGGUCAGAAACAUGAAGAUAUUGCUGAGACAGUUACUGUGGCAGGAAUCCCCUGUGAGGUUGACCCUGUGGCGUACCAGAUCUCUAGCAGUAUCGAGUGCACCACGGGUGGAAGCGGAACAGAGAGGUCUGGGCACGUGGUCGUGGGGGUUCUCGGAGGAGGACAAGGCGUCUUCGGCCAUGUGUUCACCUAUCAGAACCCGGAGUUGAGCUUCCUUUCUCCGUCCCAAGGUCCCAAGGCCGGAGGAACGGCCCUCACACUAAAGGGCUCCAAGCUGUUGACUGGAAACCCCAGCAAAAUCAGCGUUCUGGUUGGAAACUUUCCUUGCUACAUACAUUCUGAGGUGCAGGAGGAUUUGCUGCAGUGCCUGACAAGCCCCAGUGAUGCGUCCAUGGAGCUUCCGGUCACCAUUAAGUAUGGGAAUCAGGAGCGGAGGUUGGAAAAUCCCCUCUUCAAAUAUACCUUGGACCCUAACAUCACCUAUGCAGAACCAUCCAAGAGCUUCCACAGUGGCGGGAGAGAGAUCCGGGUUCGGGGGCAUAACCUCGAUGUUGUGAAGCAGCCCCGAAUCCGCGUCACAGUUUCACCAGUGGAGCGCCGACGCCGAGGCCUGGGGCGGUGGCGUAGGAUUAUCCCGGAGACAGAAUGCCCCAAGAAUGCUCUCUGCAGCGUCCAGCAAUUCGAAGAACCCUGUGAGGUCAACUCUUCCAGCCUUAUCUUGUGCAAAACGCCAGCCAUCCAGCAGUUGCCUCACUCCAUACAAGUUAAAGUGGAGUUUGUGCUGGAUAAUCUCGUGUUUGACUUCAGUUCCUUCCAUCCAACUGGCUUCUCCUAUGAGGUGGACCCCGUCCUGAAGCCCCUCAACACGGAGGAUCAAAGCAAACCCUAUCGUCACAAACCUGGAAGUGUCAUCUCUGUGGAGGGCGAGAAUCUGGACCUGGCCAUUUACAAAGAGGAGGUGAAAGCCAUGAUUGGGGUAGGGAUCUGCGCCGUCAAGACCCUCACAAAGAACCACCUCUACUGCGAACCCCCCACUGAGCAGCCGGCACCGCAGCACCGGGCCAAGCGGGAAGGUACAGACUCACUGCCAGAGUUCACAGUCCAGAUGGGGAACAUGAAUUUCUCAUUGGGCCGCGUCCAGUAUGAUACAGAGAGCCAGCUCAACUUCCCCCUGGAGGCCCAGAUUGGUUUGGGGGUUGGAGCUUCCUUUGUGGCUUUGAUUGUGCUCAUCAUUGUCUUCAUAUACAGGAGGAAGAGCAAACAGGCCCUGCGAGAUUACAAAAAAGUUCAGAUCCAGCUAGAAAAUCUGGAAACGAGUGUCCGAGCUCGGUGCAAAAAAGAAUUCACAGACCUCAUGACUGAGAUGAUGGAUCUCACCAGUGACUUAGUUGGCACCGGGAUCCCCUUCUUGGACUAUAAGACCUAUGCGGAGCGCAUCUUUUUCCCUGGUCACCGUGAGUCGCCGUUGCAAAGGGACCUGGACGUGCCAGAAUCUCGGAGGCAGACCGUGGAACAAGGCUUGGUGCAGCUGUCCAAUCUCCUCAACAGCAAGCUCUUUCUUACCAAGUUCAUCCACACCCUGGAAAUCCAGCGCACCUUCUCUCCGAGGGACAGGGCCUACGUCGCGUCACUCCUCACCGUCGCCUUGCACGGGAAGCUCGAGUACUUCACAGACAUCCUCAAGACUCUCCUGAAUGACUUGGUGGAGCAAUACGUGGCCAAGAACCCCAAGCUGAUGCUGCGAAGGACAGAAACAGUGGUUGAGAAGUUGCUGACCAACUGGAUGUCCAUCUGUCUGUAUGCCUUUGUAAGGGACUCUGUUGGGGAGCCACUCUACAUGCUCUUCCGAGGAAUCAAGCACCAGGUGGACAAGGGGCCAGUGGACUGGGUGACUGGAAAAGCCAAGUACACCCUGAAUGACAACCGUCUUCUCCGAGAGGACCUGGAAUAUCGCACACUGACAUUAACUGCUGUCGCUCAAACGGGGAGCACAGUGGGAGGCCCGGAGGGUGCCCAGGGGGUCUUGGCCAAGGCUCUAGACUGCGACACAAUCACUCAGGUGAAGGAGAAGAUCCUUGACCAGAUCUACAAAGGGACCCCCUACUGCCACCGACCAGACCCGGACGCACUUGACUUGGAGUGGAGAUCAGGGCUAGCUGGGCACCUCAUUCUCUCUGAUGAAGAUGUGACGUCUGUCGUCCAGGGCAACUGGAAGCGUCUCAACACCCUGCAGCACUACAAGGUGCCUGAUGGAGCCACUGUUGCUCUCGUUCCUCGUAUGACCAAGCAUCUUCCCAGGGAGAAUCAGGAUUACAUCCCUGGAGAGAAGACUCCCAUGCUGGAAGAUGCUGAUGAAGGCGGGAUGAAGCUUUGGCACUUGGUCAAGCCAACAGAAGAGCCAGAGCUGCCAAAACACCGGCGAGGGAGCCUGCGGGAACGGGAAAGAGCCAAGGCUAUUCCAGAGAUCUAUUUAACCCGCCUUCUCUCCAUGAAGGGGACACUGCAGAAAUUUGUAGAUGACUUAUUCCAAGUAAUCCUCAGUACCAACCGUCCAGUUCCCUUGGCUGUGAAGUAUUUCUUUGACCUCCUGGAUGAGCAAGCACUGAAUCAUGGCAUCACAGACCUGGAGACCAUUCAUAUCUGGAAGACAAACAGCCUGCCUCUCAGGUUCUGGAUCAACAUCAUCAAGAACCCCCAGUUUGUUUUUGACGUGCAGACAUCAGAUAAUGUGGAUGCUGUGCUCCUGGUCAUUGCUCAAACCUUCAUGGACUCCUGCACCCUGGCUGACCACAAGCUGGGUCGGGAUUCCCCUAUUAAUAAGCUGCUGUAUGCUCGUGACAUUCCCCGCUAUAAGCAGAUGGUGGAAAGGUACUAUGCGGAUAUUCGCCAAACGAUCUCUGCCAGUGAUCAAGAGAUGAAUUCUGCCUUGGCUGAGCUAUCACGGAAUUACUCAGGUGAACUCAAUUCCUUGGUGGCUCUGCAUGAGCUGUACAAGUACAUCAACAAGUACUACGACCAGAUCAUCACUGCGUUGGAGGAGGACCCAACGGCACAGAAGAUGCAGCUGGGCUAUCGCCUGCAGCAGAUUGCCGCCGCCGUGGAAAACAAAGUCACCGACUUGUGAUAGACUUGGGGAGACAGUCAGCGAGUGAAGGAGGCAGACAGCAUCGUCCUGCAGCCAGGAUCAGGCACGCUGCACUGAAGUGGAAAGAGGGAACAGCAGCAUCAGCAGACCAGGAAAUGUCAAGUGCAAAGGGGCCAAGUGUGCCAGGUGGACCCUCUUUUUCAUUCUUCUUCUUCUUUUGUUUUGGACAGAUUUUUUAAAAUAAUAAUAAAAAUAAUGAGCAUAAUAAUGGACUUCAGGGGACAGCCUUCCCAAAUGGAUCUGAGGCUCCCUCCAGAUAAGCCAAGAAGCCAGGAGGCCAGCCAUUGUGAAUGUGCCGAUGGGGUUAGAGAGACUAGUUGUAGCCAUGGGGACACUGGAUCGUGGCCUGCCUCUCACCUACCAGACCCCUGCAGAGUUGACCAGCUCAGGCAGGACCUGAAUCCGUGUGGAGCCUGAGAGAGGACAUCAUCCUGGCUACGUGGGAGAGGAGACCCUCCACACGCACACCCACCCCUUCACUCCUGCCCUUUGGGGUCUCUUCUCCUCCUGCAUCGCUUGUGGCGUUUCCCUCUGAGCCUCCUGGCUCCCGAGCAGACCAGGACGUGGGCCGGGUGUACGACUGGAAAGGCUGGCUUUCCCUCACUUGCCAGAUCCCUGCAACGUGUCAGAGUGGUGUCUGCCUUCCUCAGACCCAAGCAAGAGGGUCCUCACGUCCUCUGGGCAGGCAUUUCUGAAGCUGCUUCUUCAGGCACAUCCCAAGAAAGCACAAAGCGAACCCUGCUUUUCUUCAGUGGCCUCACGCUGCUGGAUUUUCUCCUGUUUCAACUAGGACCUACCUAUAGACUGCUUUGUAGAUGUUGGGGUGGGGGGUGGAGAGUAUUUAAGAGCUAUAUUGUUUUAAUCGCCCUUCCCCUUUUUGUUAGCACUUCCUUUCCAACAAAACACCCAUUUUUAUGGCAUUUCUUCCUCCUACCUGCUCCCUUAACUCUGUCCCCGCAAGGGGGCUUUUGUGGCUGCCACGGGCAUUUAAGGAUUUUUAUACAAUGUCCUUUGUUUGUCUCUUUGCGUUGCAUCCAAGCUUAAAAAUGAAGUCUUCCACUCUC